UGGGCUCUCGACACCAAUCAGGAGGAACGGGACAAAGGGAAGACCGUCGAAGUGGGCAGAGCUUACUUCGAGACCAAAAACAAACACUUCACUCUAUUAGACGCACCCGGCCAUCGAGGAUUCGUCCCCAAUAUGAUAGGAGGCGCCUGUCAGGCAGAUCUAUCCGUUCUGGUCAUAUCCGCCCGUAAAGGAGAGUUUGAGACCGGUUUCGAAAGGGGCGGUCAGACCCGAGAGCACGCUAUGCUCGCCAAAACGGCCGGCGUUAAACAUAUGGUAGUCCUGAUCAAUAAGAUGGACGACCCGACCGUAGAAUGGAGUGAAUCCCGUUAUACCGAGUGCUGCGACAAACUUCUUCCAUAUCUGAAAAAGUGUGGAUUCAAUCCCAAGAACGAGAUCUAUUUCAUGCCGUGUUCUGGUCUGACCGGAGCUUUCCUUAAAGAACCCAUCGAUGAGUCCGUCUGUUCGUGGUUUAGAGGCCCGUCAUUCCUCGAUUACAUCGAUGCUCUGCCCGUGUGGUCGCGUCGCGUGGACGGCCCCUUCCGACUGCCUGUUGUCGACAAAUACAAAGACAUGGGAACUGUUAUCUUCGGCAAAGUGGAGAGUGGGUCCACUCGAAGGGGCACUCAACUGAUGCUAAUGCCUAAUAGAAAGCAAGUGGAAGUCCUGCAGCUGUGGACCGACGAGGAAGAGGUGAGUCAAGUGAACUCCGGAGAGAACGUCAAAAUCAAACUGAAAGGCGUUGAGGAGGAAGAAGUGACGGCAGGCUUUGUGUUAUGCGAUGCGUUGGCGCCCUGUAGUGUGGGCCGAGUGUUCGACGCACAGGUGGCUAUCCUGGAGCACAAGUCCAUCAUAUGUCCGGGUUAUUCAGCUGUACUUCAUAUACACUGUGCCGUCGAAGAAAUUAGUGUCAAAGCAAUCAUCGAUUUAAUAGAUAAGAAAACCGGAAAGAGAGCGAAGGCGCACCCGAGGUUUGUAAAGCAGGAUCAGGUGGCACUGAUGCGCUUGGAGUGCUCGGGAGGUCUCAUAUGUAUGGAACCGUUUUCUCAGUUCCAACAAAUGGGAAGGUUUACGCUCAGGGAUGAGGGAAAGACUAUUGCUAUCGGAAAAGUGCUCAGAGUUGUCGAAUGACUAUCGAAGAGACCGGACAAUGGCUUCUCGGCUCAAGACUUCGCCCCCAAUGAGAUGAACAGCAAAAAGAGCAGAAAGUGUUAAACAUUUUAAUAAAUAAAGAACUGAUAACUGA